AUGCGAACCCGUACGCAUCGACGCCACAGUCACCGAUCCAGACACGAAACAGCUAUGCGAUGCUUUCAGGUGCAGCUGCGACACCCCAUGUGCCGACACCACGGUUACCCCCGUCCAGGGGAUGAACAGGUAGAUGCAGUGCGCCGCAAGGUACCGGCACGAGGCCUGGCAUCGCCGAUGCCCGCUCGCGCGCAAGCAGCCUCCCCGCGGUCCGUGGCGCGCGAUCUCCUCGUGCGCAUCCGUUCGCCCCCAUGUACUCGUUUGAGCUCAGGUGCAAGAGUAUACGUAGUCUAUGCUUUGCUGAGAAAAGCGACGGACCGGUUAUCCCUGUCUUUAACUUUCAAUUUCAACUUCAUGGAGAUCAUGAGCGCGGUUUUUAUGGCUCGAACGCAGUGCGAGCUCGAGACGCUUGAGAGGCGACAAAACCGACUGAGCCGUUUUCACAUUCACGGGUGGCGGUGGCACCAGGCUGCCCUGGUGCGCGACGCGAAGCGUUUCGAAAGCGCUGUCCGGAAGUCCAAGUGCGACUGGGGCGGUAACCAGUGCUCGGCACAGUCGCUGAACUCGGCGGUUCGCUGGUUGCUGGACACCAACCUUCGUGACUUUAGACUCGUGCAGAACGAGGUGUUUCUUCCGUUCCUUCAAAAGAACCUUCCGACGGAGACAUUCGCUCCAAUUCAACGAACCAUCGAGAGACACGAUCGCUGUAUUCAAGAGCUCGAAAAACGCAUCCGAGACGAAGUCGAGGCAUGCGCUAUCCCAUCACAGUGCCCGCAGCAUCGCCAGCGACUAGAGCAGGCUGCUCGACUCUUGUCCCGCCAAAUGGAGCAAGCGUAUACGAGUCAGCAGCUCAUGGUGAUCGCAACUGUGGCAGAACGAAUUCCUACCAGCGUCCAGCGUGGGUUCGAGGAGCAGGUGCGCCGCCGACUCAGCAUGGAGCAGAAACGCCUUCAUGUUGUUAGCUUUCACGAAGCAAUCAAAGAUGACCCGGAGGAGCUUGCACGAUUUAAAGCAACCUUACCGGCGCCGGUGCGUCUGCUCCUUGGAAACUGGCGCAAGCGCUGGUACUUGCCGGCCACACGACAGCUGGAUAGCUGCGUGCGUCGCGAGUUUGCAGCAGGGCGAGCAGGCACCCCGACAUCGCAGUAG